UUUAUUCCAAGUAUAAUGGGUGGAUACCAGAGAUUCAAGGCAGGGAGUGUUUAACUAGAAUAAAAACUGUUACUUUAUGAGAGGAACAAAAUAAUGUUUUCAUCCAUUAUUUUGGAGAUUAUAUUUCAUUUAAUUCUCAAUCAUAUCUUCCAUUUUAUGACCUUUGUAACUCAUCAUGAAUCAACUCUAAAUUUUUAUUUUAAAAACCAGUGAGUAUGUUUAUAAUUCCAAGAGUUGGAUGUAAAUUAUCUGUGAUUGAGAAAAAUCUAAAUGACAGACUUCUGAGACUUUCUUUUCCGAAAUGGUUAAUUUUGAUAUCAGUAUAUAUAGUAAAACCCCAAAAUAAUUACAAUAUAAUCGUUGUUAUUGAAAAGGCCAAUGGGACUAUUUAGCGUUCUUUAGUCCUUAACAAUUGACAGCAUACUUUUCGCCUAGUACCUAAUUUGAUCUGUUCUGAUCUAUUAUCAAAUGUGGUCAAUAUACCAUGGUGUGAAGGGGUAUAUUGAUCCCAGUUGAUACCUUAAAGAGUUGAGCUAUUGAGAAGUAGAAUGAUAGGCUAUGAUGGAACAUUUUAACUGGGAGGCUAGGGCUUUGAAUCAGGACGCUGGAUUCCAAACACAGUACAUAUCUAGAAAGUUAUACAGUCAAACUAAGAUUUUUAAAUAAUGGAACUCCUCUUCUUAACUUUCUGUAGGCAGUGUUACUCCAGUAGAAAUCAUGGAGAACAGAAAUGCCACUUCAGAUUUUAUUCUCUUGGGACUCUUUCAGCACACUAGCUUCCACCUCUUCCUCUUCAUUGUGCUGCUGACAAUAGCCAUUGCUUCCCUGAUGGGGAAUGCCCUCAUGAUCCUCCUGAUUCACAGGGACCACCGGCUUCACACACCCAUGUACUUACUGCUGAGCCAACUCUCCUUCACGGACACGAUGCUGGUUUUCACCAUUGUGCCCAAAAUGGCAUCUGGCUUUCUGACAGGCAAGAAGUCCAUCUCCCCUGCUGAAUGUGGGUUACAGAUCCUUGCCUUCCUCACCUUGGGUGGUGGAGAGUGCUUCCUCUUGGCAGCCAUGUCCUAUGACCGCUAUGUGGCAGUGUGUCAUCCACUACGAUAUAACAUUCUCAUGAACUGGCAACUGUGCCUGAGAAUGACCUUAGGGUCUUGGUUUCUGGGGGCAGCUGAUGGUCUCGUACAGGCAGUUGCUACCCUGAGCUUCCCUUUCUGCAGUGCUCAUGAGAUUGAUCAUUUCUUCUGUGAGGCCCCCUCACUGCUGCAUUUGGCUUGUGCUGACACUUCAAUCUUCGAACAUGUCAUGUACAUCUGUUGUGUGGUAAUGCUCCUCGUGCCUUUAUUUCUCAUCCUGACCUCCUACAGUCUCAUCCUAGCUGCAGUUCUCCACAAGUCUACAGAAGCCCGCAAGAAGGCCUUUGCCACGUGCUCGUCACACUUGACUGUGGUGGGACUCUUUUAUGGGGCUGCCAUUUUUACCUAUAUGAGACCAAAGUCCUACAGAUCAGCUAACCACGAUAAGGUUGUGUCAGCUUUCUAUACUAUCUUCACUCCUGCGUUGAACCCCCUCAUUUACAGUCUGAAGAACAAUGAGGUGAAAGAAGCCUUGAAAAGGUGGCUUGGGAAAUGUAUUAACAUAAAACAUCAAUAAAACUUAGUCCCAUGGUUUAGAGUUAUCCAAUGUCAAACUUGUGUUGUUGUUGCUGAGUGUUUUCAAGCAGUUUCUGACUCAGAGCAUCCCUAUGUGCAACAGUACAAAACUCUGUCCAGUCCUACCUCAUUCCUCACAACAGGUGCUAUGUUUGAGCCCCGUCUUGCAGCCACUGUGUCUAUCCAACUCUUUGAGGUCUUCAUCUUUUUCACUGACCCUCUCCUUUACCAAGAAUGAUGUUCUUUUCCAGGGACUGGUCCCUCCUGAAAACAUGUCCAGAAAAGUCUCAUCAUACUCCCUUCUAAGAAGUAUUGC